CUAACGAGGCCCCCACGUGGACAUUUCGACCGUGGCGUUGAUCCCCUGCUGCGCGACCAGAUCUCGUCCCCUGCAUUCUCUCUCUCACAUACACGAUUUCAGCAAAAUCAGCAAGGCAACAGAGACUGCGACCGAUCGGGGCGUCUUUGCGAUCCGAGAGUAGGCGUUUCGUGGUUAGAUGUCGGAGAAAGAUGGCAGUGAAGCUGGGGACGAGGCGGCGUCGGAGCCGUACGAUGGCCGAUCGAGCGUGGGCGGAGGGUUUGGCGAUACCCGGGCCUCACAGCCCAACGGCACUAUCCAUUCCGAGUCCUCCGUGGCCGACGCUGAUGCUUCGUUGAAUCAGGUAGCUAACAUGGAGCAGACCGAUUCAGAUAAUGAGGAAGCAGGGCCGGUUGGUGAAGAUGCUGGAAAAGAUGAGUUCGUUGAUGCCCCAGAAGAGUUAAAUGCUGAUGCCAGGGAAGCAAUUAUGACUGCUGGAAUAGAAGGCGCGUCGGAGGAAAGGAGCAAUUUGCCCAAGAGUGACUUCGGCCAACUUGAGAAUGGAACUGGGGCCCAUCAGCCGACGGAUGAGCUCUUCCGGCUGCAAAUGGUGUUGGAGAAGACCGUUAUUGAGAAAGAAAUUUCUAUAAGGCAAUACAAGGAAGAAAGAGAUAUAUAUGCCAAAGAACUUGGUGAUCUUCGCCGUCAACUCAAAGGUUUGACUGUCAAACGGCCGUUGCUCCAUGAAAAUGGUGAUAGGAUAAUUAAUCACGAAGCAGAAUCUGAUGAUGGGGAGGAAAAAACCCAUGUACCUGGGUACUCUCCACAUGAUAUGUUUAGGGAAUGUUCAGACUUCAUUAAAGUUGCACAAAAAGAACGUUUACAGAUGGAAGCUACAAUAGGAAACCUUCAUGCUAUCCUUUCUACAAAGGAUCAACAGAUGGAAGAUCUUAAAUCCAAGAUUGCUGAUUCUGCUCAGAAAUCUGCCUAUAUAUUUUCGAAUCACCAAAACGUUGAUGAUGCUACUAGUAGAAUAUUAGAUUCACUUGCCUUAGUAGUUGAACAUGAAGAUCUUUGGGAUGAUUCUGCCAGCGAGAAAAUAAAUCUUGUUGAGAGAAGAACAUUGCGGUUAAUUGAAAAGUUCAACCAGAUUUGUUUACAAAUUGAUCAUCUUAGGCAGUGUUUAUCUGAGGUUUCUUCAGAAUCUUUAGAUUCUAGGAUGCAGGAGGAUAGGGGGGAUGUAAUAAUUGCAGCUUGUAAUGAGUUGUUGAAGUGCAAAAGGACGGAAGCACACUUUGCUGGAAAACUAAGCCAAGCAGAAGAUGAUAAUAGAAAAUUGAUUGAACAGCUUAAUGAGGACAAGGACUUGGCAGAAGAAACUAAUGCAGAACUUAGCCGACUCAAAAGUGAAAUUGAGCAGGAGAGGAUGCGUUGUGGUAAUGUCAAAGAAAAGCUUGGUAUGGCUGUAACAAAGGGGAAAUCAUUGGUGCAGCAGAGAGACUUGCUGAAGCAUUCAUUGGCUGAGAAGACGGAUGAGCUUGAGAGAUGCUUGAUUGAGCUUCAGGAGAAGUCAAGUGCGUUAGAGGCGGCUGAACAAUCUAAGGAAGAGUUGGUACAGCAGAGAGACUCGCUGAAGCAUUCAUUGGCCGAGAAGACGGAUGAGCUUGAGAGAUGCUUGAUUGAGCUUCAGGAGAAGUCAAGUGCGUUAGAGGUGGCUGAUCAAUCUAAGGAAGAGUUGGUACAAAGUGAACAAUUGGUUGCACUCCUGCAGGAAAAUCUCUCACAGAGGAAUGCGAUUCUCGUCCGGUUUGAAGAAAUUCUCUCUGAGGCUAGUUUUCCUGAGGAAAUGAAAUCUGCUGAGAUUGUUGAUAAAUAUAAAUGGCUUGUGGAUGAGAGAAAUAUGUUGAAAGGUGUUUACAGAGAAUUUCAAAAAUUGAAAGAUUCCUUAACUGAGAUAGAGUUGUCUGAAUCUUUUUCAACUUCCAACUUGGAAUCCCGUAUUUUUUGGCUAAAGGAGUCAUUUACUCUUGCCAAUAACGAAGCAGAAACCCUACGAGGUGAAAUUUCUCGAAUAAAAGAAGCCGCAUACGAUGAGAUUGACAGGUUAACUGCUGCAUGUUCUGUUGCAUCGGUGGAGAAGGAAUAUCUUGAAAUGGAGGUUGACGAAAUAACACUUGAAUACAAUGAUAUUGUCAAAAAGGAGCAACAAGUGUCAUGGGAGAAGGAGCAAAUGGUCAUGCUGUUGGUAAAAGCUUCUGGAAUCUCGGUUGAAGAAGACCUUAUGGUCCAUCAACGGCUAUCCUUCUCUGACUGCAAUGUUCUCAUUGAAAGAUGCUUUGAAAAGGUUACGGAACAGAGAACUUCUGAGUUGGGUCCUCCUCAUGCUGAUUUGGAAUCAUUUGAAAGAAUUAAAAGUCUUUUAUACUUGCGGGUUCAGGAGUUAAUGCUAUAUGAGAAUGUACUUGAAGAAGAGAUGCUGGAAAAGUCUCAGAAGGUUGAUAAUUUUUCCUAUCAGUUGCAAUUGUUGUCUAAUGAACUUGAAACACUCAAAGAGGAAAAGGAUCAUUUGCAAAAGGAUCUCGAACGAUCAGAAGAGAAAUCUGCUCUUUUGAGAGAAAAGUUAUCUAUGGCGGUCAAGAAAGGAAAGGGACUGGUUCAAGAUAGGGAAAACUUGAAACAUCUUCUGGAUGAGAAGAACUCUGAAAUUGAAAAACUGAAGCUUGAGAUACAGCAGCAGGAAUCUGCAGUUACUGAGUCCAAGGAUCAGAUAAACCGAAUGUCUACUCACAUUGAGCACAUACCAAAGUUGGAGGCGGAUCUUGUUGCCCUGAAAGAUCAACGAGAUCAACUUGAGCAGUUCUUAUUGGAGAGUAAUAACAUGUUGCAGAGGGUGAUUGAGUCCGUUGAUGGUAUCGAUAUUCCUGCAAACACUGUUUUUGAAGAGCCUGUGGAAAAGGUGAAGUGGCUGGCGGGGUACCUCAAUGACUGUCAAAAGGCAAAGGAACAUACUGAAGAAGAGUUAGCCAAAGUUCGAGAGGAAUCUAGUGAUUUAUUGGGCAGGUUAGCUGAAGCCCAUACUGAUCUGAAAUUGUUGCAAGAUGAAAGGCAGGGGUUUGAAAAGUUGAAAGUAGAAGCCAUUGACUUAGAAAGCAAGUUAGUUGAAGCCAAAGCAUCUAUCAAAGCUCUGGAAGACUUGUUGUCAGGAGCACAGGAUGAUGUACUCAGGCUUGUGGAAGAAAAGAGGGAAAUAGAAACCAGUAAGGAAAAUGUUGAAAAAGAGCUGCUGAAAGCCAUUGAAGAAGCUUCUUUCCAAGUUAGUAACUUCACUGAGGCUUGUGCUCGCAAGAAGUCCCUUGAAGAGGCAUUGUCGCAGGCAGAGAAUCAUGUUAAUGCACUCACCAAUGAGAAGGAAGCAGCUCAUGUCUUUAGAGCUGCGGCUGAAAGGGAGCUAGAGAAACUGAAGGAGCAGAUCUCCAUUCAGACUGGAAAAUUGGUAGAUGCACAACAAACUAUAGAGUCACUAGAAGAUGCAUCAUUGGAGCUGGAGAAGAAACUUGGUUUAUUAACUGAGCAGAACCAUAAUUUAGGAGUUGAGAGAAGCCAUAUGGAGACUGAGCUGAAGAAGCUGCAAGAUGAAUCUGCAACCAAGGAAAUCAAGCUGGCAGAUGCUUCUGUAACAAUUAAAUCAUUGGAAGAUGCAGUGUCAAAGGCUGAGAAUGACGUGUUGGAGCUUGAUAAUCAAAACAAGAGACAUAACCAGGAAGUAUCAGCACUCAAUUCAAAGUUGAACGCAUGUCUAGAAGAAUUGGCUGGCAAAAAUGGCAGUUUGGAGAACAGAUCUCUAGAACUUGUCAGUUACCUUAAUGAGUUGCAUGCCCUUGUGAAAAACGAAACGUUGUUUCCCCUUAUGAAGGAUUGCUUCGAGAAAAAAUGGGAGGGCCUGAAGAGCAUGAAUGACAUCCUUGAAAGAGUAAAAGAUCAACAUAUUUGCUUAUAUUCAGAAGCAGCAGAAAAGCAAACUGCUGAUGAGGAAGAUCCCAUCGCCAAAAACCAGUUCCCUGUUGAACUUAGCGAUAACCUGGGUGUUGAGAUGGAUGCUGGUUUGAUGAAUGAAGUGGGUAACGACAUCUCUUCAAUGUUUAGGAGGACCAUAGAAGGUUUUCAGUUGAAAGACAAAAUUCUUGUUGAUAAAUUUGAAGGCUUGUCCGCAUUUAUAGAUGAAAUUCUGGCAGCUCUUUUGAAAAAGCUAGAGGAAAGAUGUGAUGAUGUAAAAGCUAUGUCUCAGGACAUGAGAUCUUUGAAGCAAGAUCUGAAAGAUAUGGAAACGUACAAGCCGGAUCAUGGAAAUACAGUGUCCAUUUUGGAAGAUGACAUUGCAACUUUAUUAUCUGCCUGUACUAAUGCCACCACAAAAUUGCUGCUAGAAGUUGAACGGAAUUCUCUUGGGCAGUUGUCUAGUGCUGAGCUGGAAACCUCGAGUAGAUCUUAUGCAGAAGAAAGAGAAAGUAGUAUAAUCAAUGCAGAAUGGUAUCAAAAGAAGGUUGAUGGCAGCAAAUAUGCCAAACCUAUUCGAGAUUUGUUAUUUUCUGUUCAAAGUGUUCACGCUCUUAUUAAGCGGUUCCAGAGCACGAGUGAGGUGGCAACUUCAAAGAUAGAAAAUAUGGAAAAUGAACUUAAAGAAGCGAAAGUAGGUUUCAUGGAAGCCAUAGAAGACAGAAAUAUCAAGCAAAAUAGGAUCUUUGAGCUGGAGACUGAGGUAGAGACUUUGCAAAAUUCAUGUAGUGAGCUGAGGCUUAAACUCAAGGAUUGUCAAGCUGAUUAUGACAAGUUGAAGCAAAGAGAGGCUGAACUCUUAGAGGUGCACAGUAAUUCGUUGAUGAGACAACAAGAAGCAGAAAGUUCAUUCAUGUCCCCAUCCCAACGGGCAGCCCUUUUGGACAAGGUCGAUGGGGUUAGAAUCUCGUCGGAAGAGUUAGGAGGAGACACAGAGCCCCAUAUUUCUCCUCACGUGAAGAAGCUAUUCUAUAUUGUAGACAGUUUUACUAGAGUGCAGGAACAAAUAAGUUUGUUGUCACAUGAUAAUGAAGAGCUACAGUCCACCCUUGCUGACCAGGUUCUUGUAAAUAAGCAUCUGCAGGAGGAAGUUGAAACACGUAUGAGAUAUGAAGAAGACUCAGAGAAGAUGAAGAGAGAUUUAUCUGAUCUAAGAGUUAUUUUGGAGAAAGUUAUAAAUAUGUUUGGUGGUAGAGAGUUAGUUAGUGACCAUAAUACUUCUAGCUUAAAGGGACUUUUAGCAACCUUAGAAAAGCAAAUUGUGAAUGUGCUUAUGGAAUUUGAAAACUCUAAAUCGGAAGCCCAAGAACUUGAAUUGAAGUUGUUGGGAAGCCAGAAGCUUGUGGAGGAGUUAUCGAGUAAAGUUAAAUUGCUUGAAGAUUCACUACAAGGUAGAAGUGCCCAACCAGAGAUCAUCCAGGAGAGAAGCAUUUUUGAAGCACCUUCAUUGCCUGCUGGUUCAGAGAUAUCUGAAGUUGAGGAUGUGGAAUCAGUUGGAAAACCGUUGAUGCCUCCUGUUCCUUCAGCUGCUCAUGCGCGGACUAUGAGAAAAGGAUCUACAGACCAUCUUGCUCUCAGCAUUGACUUGGAGUCUAAUCCUUUAAUCAGCAACCAGGAGACCGAUGAAGACAAAGGUCAUGUUUUCAAGUCUCUCAAUACAUCAGGCCUUAUUCCGAAACAAGGGAAGUUGGUUGCAGACCGGAUUGAUGGCAUAUGGGUAUCGGGCGGCAGGAUUUUGAUGAGUCGACCUGGAGCUCGCUUGGGCCUUAUCGCCUAUUGGUUGUUCUUGCAUAUAUGGCUGUUGGGCACCAUCUUGUAACUUUCGCCAUCGAUUGGACCAGGACCCCUCCGACAUCAUUCCUGUUUUCUUCAAUUUGUAUCAUAGAAAUAUCUGUAUCUCCAAUUCUUUUUUUUCUCUUCUGUUAAGAAAAAGUUGUUUUUCAUUACUUCAUAGUGCUAAAUUAGGGCAACAGUUUUAUAGAUAGGUCGCCAAACAAAUUCUUUGGCAGUUCAGGGCUGUCGAGAAAUUGCCGGUACCAUAUUCUGUGGAGAAUAAGGCAUAUCACUUCCUGCCUUGUACCUGGUCACAGUAAGCUUGAAUUAAAUUACUGAUGACUUUGAUCC